CCGGUGAUGAGAGCGCCUUCCGGGGAGGCGGCAGCGGCUGUGGAAAGUCCAGAAGUAGGAGAGGAAGCGGAGGAAGAGGAGGACUCGGCACAGCAAACAGAAGAAUUAAACGAAAUACAGCAAACCCACAGAGAUAACUCUGGAAGCCCUGAAUGCAGCAAAAUAAGAACAAUGGACCUCAAGUUUAACAACUCCAGAAAAUACAUCUCUAUCACCGUGCCAUCCAAAACCCAAACAAUGUCACCACACAUUAAGUCAAUUGAUGACAUUAUAGUACUUGGCAUAAAUCUCAGCAAAUUUAACAAACUUACCCAGUUUUUCAUAUGUGUUGCAGGAGUUUUUGUAUUUUACCUAAUUUAUGGAUAUUUGCAGGAAUUAAUAUUUUCAGUGGAGGGUUUUAAGUCCUAUGGCUGGUACCUUACUUUAGUGCAAUUUGCAUUUUACUCCAUAUUUGGCCUAAUAGAACUUCAGCUUAUUCAGGAUAAAAGGAGAAGAAUACCAGGAAAAACCUACAUGAUAAUAGCUUUUCUAACAGUGGGUACUAUGGGGUUAUCAAACACUUCCUUGGGCUACCUGAAUUAUCCCACCCAAGUCAUCUUCAAGUGCUGCAAAUUGAUUCCUGUUAUGCUAGGAGGAGUUUUUAUUCAAGGAAAGCGUUAUAAUGUUGCAGAUGUCUCUGCUGCCUUAUGCAUGAGCCUAGGCCUCAUCUGGUUUACCCUUGCUGACAGCACAGUUGCACCUAACUUCAAUCUGACAGGUGUCAUGCUUAUUUCCCUGGCACUGUGUGCAGAUGCUGUCAUUGGAAAUGUUCAAGAGAAAGCUAUGAAACUGCACAAUGCUUCUAAUUCUGAAAUGGUUUUAUAUUCAUAUUCAAUUGGUUUUGUGUACAUAUUAUUGGGAUUGACAUGCACUAGUGGAUUAAGCCCUGCAGUAACAUUUUGUUCAAAGAAUCCAAUUCAGACCUAUGGUUAUGCAUUCCUUUUUUCCCUCACUGGAUACUUUGGAAUUUCUUUUGUUCUGGCUUUGAUUAAAAUUUUUGGUGCACUUGUUGCUGUAACAGUGACAACAGGAAGAAAAGCAAUGACCAUUGUACUUUCCUUUAUAUUCUUUGCUAAACCAUUCACAUUUCAGUAUGUAUGGUCUGGUUUAUUAGUUGUCCUUGGCAUAUUUCUCAAUGUUUACAGCAAAAAUAUGGAUAAAAUAAGACUACCCUCGCCGUAUGAUCUGAUAAACAAGUCAGUGAUUGUAAGAAAGUCAAGGACGUUGGCACAAACUGUAUAGGUACUGAUUUGUCCUGUUUAGAAUUUUAAGGGAACAAUCAAUCAACUUUCCAAAAGGACUGUGAUAAAAACAACCAAAGGAUCUGAAGGCAUGUUUUGCAUUUCUGGAUGAUUGCAUAUGAAUAGUGUUGUGGUAUCAGCUGUUCUUCAGAGCACCUGUUUGACUGACUUCUGAUGCAAUCAAGAACCACAUCUAGCACACCUUGCAAUAAAAUGUCUACAUGAAGGACUGACUACUCCCUAGCAGUUUCUUGAGAAGUUCACUGGAAAUGGACCAUGACACAAGACUUUUUGGAUAUCAUUAUGAAUACCAAACGCUGAUAUGUAAUAGCACAUUGUUUUGUCUUCAUUCCAUUUUGGUGGUAUUUAAAUUGAUUCUCUGUUAUAAGAGUAACUUAUGAUUUA